AUGAAGACCUGUCUACUCUCGGCUCUUCUGCUCUUCAGCUGCUAUGCCUAUGUUGCAGUGGGAGCACCUCCACAGCAGCAAAGGGGCCCAAACUGCAGGACUCAUCCAACUGACCUGGUAUUCAUCAUAGACAGCUCACGUAGUGUACAACCUUCUGAAUUCGAACGAGUGAAGGACUUCUUGUCUCAGGUCAUCGAAUCUCUGGAUGUCGGUGUAAAUUCUACAAGAGUUGGAGUCCUCAAUUAUGCCAGCUCUGUCAAAAAUGAGUUCUCUCUCAAAACUCACAAGACAAAAGCUGCAUUACUUCAGGCAGUCAAAAAAAUCCAGCCUCUGUCCACCGGUACAAUGACAGGCCUUGCUAUUCAAUAUGCCAUCAACCAGGCUUUCACUGAGGGCGAAGGGGCACGUCUCAGGUCACCAGGUAUCAAGAAGGUGAGCAAAAAUAGAAAAAUGUAUACACAAAUUAAGGCCAGCAAAAGAAUAAAAGAUGUCUCUGUUAGGGCUCGUGAGAGUGGUUUGGAGCUGUUUGCCAUUGGAGUAGGACGUGUUGAUAUGACCACUCUUCGUCAGAUUGCCAGUGAGCCCUUAGAUGAACAUGUAGACUAUGUGGAGAGUUACAAGAUGUAUGCUGUUGGUGUGGGCAAUGCUGUGGAGGAUGAGUUGAGAAUGAUUGCCUCAGAACCUGUAGCAGAACACUACUUCUACACUGCUGAUUUCAAGGCCAUGAAAGAAAUUGGCAAGAAACUUCAGGUGAAAAUUUGUGUGGAAGAGAACCCCUGUGAAUGUGAGGCAAUUGUGAAGUUCCAGACCAAGGUGGAAGAGCUCAUCCAGUCAUUAACAAGGAAAAUUGAAGCUGUAUCCAAGAGGCUUACCGCUCUGGAGAACAAAAUCACUGUGUGA